CAGACCAGUCAGCCUGCAGGCAGCAGCUCUAUACUUUCAGACAGCCAGUGUGUGUCGGGGAGAACAUUGCUGCUGUGUUUCUGUGUGAGAGAGAUUGCGUGUGUGUAAUAUUAUAUGUGCGUGUUUGCGUGUGUGAGUGUAUGUGUGAGUUAGUGGUUAAAGCAGCCUCUUAGGAUGAGAGGCAGAGAGAGACAGACGGUGUUGUGAUUGAGAGUUGGCAACAUCGCCUCACCCAGUCCUCAUCCUGCCCUCCUCUCCUCUCUCUUUCCUCUGGCUCUGAUCUACAACACCGCUGGGAUGUCUUCUUCUCCAGGAUCCAUGGACGGCAGCCAGAGGAAUAGCUCAGAGAAGGUGCCACCCCAGGUGAAGGAGGCGGAGCCUGCCCAGGAGAAGCCAAAGGAGAUGGAGCCUGGCCAGUUUAAGCUAAAGGAGGCAGAGCUUGCCCAGAUGAAGAUGAAGGAGAGGCAGAAGUUCUUUGAAGAGGCAUUCCAGCAAGACAUAGAUCAGUACCUGUCCACCGGCUACCUGCAGAUCAGUGAGAGGAGAGGGCCAACAGGAAGCUUUUCGUCCAUGGAGGUGAACGUGGACAUGCUGGAGCAGAUGGACCUGUCCGACCAUGAGAGUCUUGACGUCUUCCUCCUCUCUGGGGGAGACGACAACAACGCUGCCUCCCCCAUGCUAGGUCCAGACGUUGACUCGUUAACCACAGAGAUCACCCUGCAGGUUCCCACCCAGGCUGAGCUAGGAAACAAGCUGUCCUCCCUCUCCUCCACAUGCACUGACAGCCAGGACACUGAGGCUGGGGACGAUGACGAAGAGGAUGAAGGGGGCAGGGAGAACAGCAGCCACCGUCCUGUUGGGGUGCAGAGGUCCCGCCCAACACUGUCCUAGCAGAGAGGCCACCACCCCCCACCCAGAAGCAAGACACUUAAACACUUUGAGGACAGCAGCUCACAUGCCACAUAAGGGCCAGAGUAGGAGCGAAGACAGAGAAAAGACCGAAACCCUGAGAGGAUGGGAGCUAAGAUAGUAAACAGACCGAAACUCUGAGCGGAAUAUAUCCUAUGCACUGGAUGCAUGGAGGAAGAGAUGCGUAAUUUAUGUUUACUGUAUUUUCAUCCUUUUUGUAAAGAAAUAACUCCAUGUUGAACAUUGUGGUUACAGUAUUAUUCCCCCAUAAUCUUGACUUGGUAAUAAAUAUUUCACCACCCUGUA